UCUCUCUCUCUCUCUCUCACACACGCGCGCGCACGCGCGCGCACGCACAAACACAUGCAUGGAGAGUGAGAGGCGGCGUGAGUGCGCUUCAUCCUGUUGCAGCGAGACAUUGCGCACCUUCAAACUUCUCCUGGCAAAGCGAACAUGUGCAGCGGUGUCGACUCAUUGUUUUCAAUCUCACAAUAAGACCAAUACUCUUAAUUUGGCAGCCGUCCGGCAAAACUCCCAGACCCUUCCUCCUCAGUAUUCUGCUGCUGUCUGUGGCAAAGUUUACCGAGCUGCACACAAAAGAGGCGAAGGCGGUUGCAGAGACAAAGAGGAAGAGUGACAUACUGUUCUAGUGUAAUUGACAGUAAAGCGUUGAGUCAGGCAGGUGUUUGCAGUGGGAACUUCCUGCCUUGGCUGUCCUCACGUGGCACAAUCACUCUUCUCCUUAAGUUGUACUUUGGCAAACAGGUGUUUUGUCUAAAAACAAGUCAAGCAGCUGAGUCUGUGGGAUGAAAGCGCAAAGAAAGCAAAAAAGAGGAAAAAAUAACCAUGCUGAAGAAUGACCAGAUAGUCUAUAUUGGCCUGGAGCUGGUGAUCGCUUUCCUGUCUGUGGCUGGGAACGUCCUGGUCUGCUGGGCCGUCUGCCUCAACUCCAACCUGCAGAGCAUCACCAACUUCUUUGUGGUGUCACUGGCGGUGGCAGAUAUUGCUGUUGGGCUUCUGGCAAUUCCCUUCGCUAUCACUAUUAGUACCGGCUUCUGUGCCAACUUCUUCGGCUGCCUGUUCAUCGCUUGCUUCGUCCUCAUACUCACCCAGAGCUCCAUCUUCAGCCUGAUGGCCAUCGCUGUUGACCGCUACAUCGCUAUCAAGAACCCACUCAGGUACAACAGCAUGGUGACGGGUCAGAGGGCGAAGAGUAUCAUCACAUUGUGCUGGGUUCUCUCAGUCGGCAUCGGCCUGACACCGAUGCUGGGCUGGAACAGAGGUUGGAACAGCACCACCGCAGUCAGAAGCCAAAUCUGCCCCGAAGGCUUGACGGAGUGCCUGUUUGAAGAAGUGGUUCAUUUGGACUACAUGGUCUAUUUCAAUUUCUUCGGCUGUGUGCUGGUUCCCCUCUUGGUCAUGCUGGUAAUCUAUGCCAAUAUCUUCAUGGCCGCUCGGCACCAGCUCCGACUGAUGAGCCUCAAAGUUGCUCACACGCCUGCUCCUGGAGAAAUUGCCUCACCGUCGACCCCAUCUCGUUCAACCCUGCAGAAGGAGGUGCACGCUGCCAAAUCGCUGGCCAUCAUUGUGGGUUUGUUUGCUGUGUGCUGGCUUCCAGUGCACAUCAUUAACUGUUUCAAUCACCUGUGUCAGGACUGUGACCGCGUACAUAUCUGGGUGAUGAACAUUGCAAUCAUCCUCUCCCAUGCUAACUCAGUUGUGAAUCCCUUCAUCUAUGCUUAUCACGUUCGGGAGUUCAGAGAGACCUUUCGGAGGAUUCUGUACCAGCACAUCUUAGGGAAGAGGGAUGAAUAUGGGUUUAGGAUUGGGAGUGGUAUUGACGGAAGUGUUCGGAGCUGCAGCAUCAUACGGACUACCUCCCGUACCAGUAAAGCUAGUUUAUCGUGUGAUACAGUAGUGAAUAACUACGCCCUGGACCCCAGUCCUGAACGAACUCCGCCAAAAUGGACAUCAAAGUUAGACGCUGCACCAAGCAGCUACAUACCCAAUGGACACCAAAAAAAGGGUAGCACCCUUCUAGCAAUGCAGCAGCAGCAUUCAUGCAUCAUGGGCUUUGCUGCUCCGGAUGGAGUUGAGUCGGUCACAGAUCUGAGGGGAAUGGCGAAUGUUUUGGAGGUGAGCGACAGGGGGAGGUGCAUCGCUUUUGUGAAUGUUCCGGCUCUCUCCCUAAAACAAACCGACUGUUCAGGCUCAACAGAGCUCACGGAAGUCUCAUGACAAAGAUAUUUUAGUAUUUAAAAAAUAUAUUCUAUUUCCAUAAAACAUAUGAUAGUGUGCCAACAUGACAAGAUGAUGAAGGAUUAUUGAAGCCUCAUUAAAUCAACAGCAAAUUUGCUUCUCUUUCUGAAGUCACAUAAACUGGUUGCAGGGAAUAUUUUGCAUACACCAGAAUGUGUCAAAAGCGUGUUUGAAGGGGGUUUAAAAUGGGCUGCUAAUAACAUUUUAUUGACAUGCAGUAUAAUAACAUCUAUGUGCAUUUUAGAAAACAAUGCUUUAUCAACUGAACUGUAUCUUGCAAUACCUUUUUAGGAUACAUUUAAACCCUUGAAUUGUUUUUUUGAUAAUGUUGCAUCUAUCAUGAACCACCUAUAUGUACCACAGAGAAAAAUGUCCUUCAAAGAGCUUUUAUUAAUGAACUGAAUAUCAUAAAUCACAGUCCUCAAAGACAGUUUGUGGAUAACAAUGACAGUGUUUGAAGUCGCGCAUUAGGGCAUGCACCAUCUCUUGUGUGAAGAUCUGUCAAAUAGUCAUUUUUCAAAGCGCUGGACAGCUAAUUAACGUUUGAUGUUGCUAGUUUGACCAGUGAAUUGAUAACUGCCAGGCAACACAUGUCUGUUGGUUCAACAACAGUGAGACAUGCGUCAAAGGCACCCAAUAUAUACAAGUGAGUUACCAACCAACCAAAACAAAGAGCUUGUUUGACCUAUUCAAACAUCACUCCAUAUGCCUGUAAUGUGGCUAGUUUCAGAGUCAGUCUUGCACACAUCGACAGCAUGAAAAACACACGCACACACACACGUAAAGUACAUACACAUGACCGCAGACUACUCAGCAAGAGGUGUUUACAGAGUGGCCUGGCUGCUGACGCCAGUCAAUGAGCCUAAUGCAAUGGAAAUCAAAUGGAGGAUCAUUUGACGAUGUCUUUUAUUAUGCCAUUAUGCUUUCUCUUUCCUCAUUAAAAGCCCUUCCAUCGUGGCCAUGCAUUAAGCAACAUGUACGUGCCUUGAGGCAAUCCGAGAAACAUGACUCCAGGAAUAAACAUACAUGGGUAUGUAUCUAGCUCGUCGUAUUUUUAUUCAGAAACUAUGAAUAGUAGUGAUAUAUUAUACUUUGUGGUCAUGCCCAGGGGUAAUAAAAUCGAUGGAGCCAUUUCAUUUUAAUGCUUUGUUUUUUAUGUGCUACUUUGAUUAUCAUGAGAUAAGGCUUAUGACAUGUGCUAUGUUCUGAGUCAUUUCAGUACAAUAAAAGAAACAAAACCCAAAAUAAACAAGGGACUGUUGAGGUUACAUGCCAUAGCUGCCGCCAGAUCUACCUCCCAGACAAGGCUCCAGCUGGGUACAACAAUCCAGUACUUUAUAGUAUACGCCAUUGAGUAAUAAAUGUAUAUAUCUGGGAAUUCUGACAUUGGCAUGCAACAUUUUAGUGCAGAUUAGCAUAAUAACUCAAUAACACGCUUGCUUAGAGGCAACAUCCUUGUUUGUUUUAGGAUUCUCUUUUGCGUGGUCUAUCAGGCUGAGACAUGGACUCAACAUACAGAAGACAUUUGGUGCUAAAAUCGAGUGGAUAGACGUUGUUUCAGUGAGAGCAUGCAGAGGAAAAAUACAAAUGCAAUAAAAAUAAAAAUAAUGUGUACAUGU